UUUCACUCUGAAACUUCCUUCAUCAAAAGAAUAAUUUUAUUUUUCUAUUUCCAUAGAAGAAGCUCAAGCAAGGUAAGGGUCUGGACUUCAGCAUACUACUGGAUGCGCCCUCAUAGCUCACUGAAGCAAGAGUUUCUCAAGAAAUGGAUAAUGGGUCUCCAAAGAUGUAGCUUCUCGAAGAAGAACAUGAGCAUCUUGGAGAGGAGAAAGACAAUAAAAUUCUCAGCAGAUAUAGCCAUGGCGUCUGCAAGAAACGGUACCACUUGUUGGAGUCGUGCCCUCAUUUCCAAUGCUUCCAAAGACGGCUCCAACAACCACCACCUCGUCAAACAAAUGUUGGGUCCAGAAUCCAACAGGCCGACGGUGGCCGCGAACAUAGCGCCGACGAGACGAGCAUUGGUGUGCAAGAAGAUCGUGAAACAGAGUCGCCGGAUACGUCGAAGAAGAAGGAAAUGUGUUGCAACAAGCUCCAUUGCCAAACAUCUAGUGAGGAAAAGAACACAGAUUUUGAAAAGUCUAAUACCAGGAGGGGAACUCAUGAAAAUCCGUUUGAUUGAGGAAACUCUAGAUUAUAUUGCAUCUCUCAUAGUUCAAGUUGAUGUAAUGCGAAGUCUUGCCAGAGCUAGUGAACCAUAAGAAGAAGAGCAUCAAUGGUGAAUCGCUAUUUGUUUUUGUUUUUCAGUUCAUCUUUGUUUUCUUCCUUUUGGACCAGUUAUAUAAUUGAAAGGAAAAUGGAAGCUG